ACCCAACAAGUGGUAUCAGAACUGAAGGUUGAUCGGCAGUGGGUUAGAGUGGCAUUUGUAUCAAAAGUCUUCCUGAUAACCUGGAUCAGAAGUAAAUCGAGGGAUGUAGAGGUGUUAAAGGACUAUAUUGAUAAAUGGGGAUAUCGAGAGUCAAAAAUCAAUAUUAGCCAAAAGGAAUUGAAAGCAAAAGGUGGUACGUGGUUACAAUGUGGGUCGAAGAAAGGGAGGGCAGUUAUAAUAAAGUAA